AUGAAGUCGUCCACGGUGUUAAUUGUUGCUCUCGCUUCGCUGAGUACAGCAUUACUUCGAUUCCAAUGCUCUCAACUAGUGGUCCAAAGACUUGAUCCAUUAGUGGACCCGGGCAGCAUACCAUCUUCGCAUGUUCACCAGAUUGUUGGCGGUGUAUGUUUGACCCAUUCCCAAUUUUGGUCAUUGAGCCUGACCAAAGAAACCAGAACAGCUUCAACGCGACGAUGGAUCCUAGAAAAGAUAUGCCGGGAGAGUCGUCGUGUACAACCUGCUCAUUCAGCGAAGAUUUCUCGAAUUAUUGGACUGGUAUGUUCAUUACAUCUCUUCGAUAGAUGCAUAAGGUUACUGAGAAACAGUCUAGCCGUAUUGUACUUCAAAGCAAGGAAUGGUACCUACAAGAGAGUACCCCAGAAAUCUCAGAUUAGUGGAGCGACCGCUGGUAUUACCGUGUAUUACAUGCAGGGUGAGUCUUUUUACAUUUUCUUGUUUCUUCUGCCUCGAAGCAAGGGCAUUGAAAAUCUGUUAUCUGUUGCAUGAUUAAAGUUGAUGUGGUAUGUCACAACAGAUGCUCUCUACGAUACGCAACAAAAGUCGAAGGUCAAAUCAUUUCAACACGUAAGUGCUGCACUAUGGAUAUUGAAGAGCGCAAAGUUUCUAAAAAAAAACCGGACAGGGAUUCCGAAUGUUUAUUGGGGAUGUCAAUGCCCGUUCCAAGGACAAAGUCAAACAUUUCAGACAAUUAACUUAUACUUGUAUGGACAACGACGGCACUCGAGAGCCAGAACUCCUUGAAUUUCCCAAACGUACUUGCCCCGCUGGCAUCAUGGUUAAUCAACGAUUUCCAACAUGUUGGGACGGUGUCAACCUCGAUAGUCCUAAUCAUAUGGAUCAUAUGGCUUACCCCGAGACUGGAACAUUUGAGAGUCAAGGUCCCUGUCCGGCUUCACAUCCUGUACGGAUGCCUCAAGUCCUCUUUGAAGUUGUUUGGGACACGAAGGUAACUUGCGAUUCUAUCCAUUUCGCUCCUUAAGCAAGCAUCGCUAACCCCAAUUCCAAUCUACAGGCGUUUAACAACAAAAACGAUUGGCCAACAGAUGGUAGCCAGCCAUUUGUAUGGUCUUUUGGCGACGCAACAGGAUAUGCAAAUCACGCAGAUUACGUGUUUGGAUGGAAAGGUAACGCCCUUCAAAGGUUAAUGGACACACCUUGUGUUGUCAACUGUCCCGCUGCAAAUCCAAAAACUCAAAGUACUGCCGCUAUGAAUAAGUGCGCACAGAAAGCAAUCGUGAAUGAGAAUGUGGAUGGAUGUGAGUCGAAUUUCCGUACACCAAAAUUCACCCUCUUUUUGAUCACUUGA